AUGUCAGCAAGCCUGGCUGCAGUGCUCUCACUCAACCGUGCGUCAUUAGUGCACAAGUUGCGACUGAAGGCGAGGGAAAGCUCAAGCCUCAAGGGACCACUAGCGCCGGAAGUCUUCACAAAGUCCGCACGCGAGACCUUGAUGGACAGCCGAGAGCUCUUCCUGCCCGCCUCCCAUCAACGAACGACCACAGCAAUGGAAUCAAAAUCAACAGACCUUAUGGAGCGGAGAUCAAACUUUCUUCGAGAAGCUGCACACUUGCUCGCAGUCUCGGCACCUACCACUUCGUCGUUUCUUGGUACAGCGCAAGACAGACUGAUCGAAGAUGCAGAAAUAGAGCUCCCACAGAGAGAGCUUGACGCACUUCGCAGGGGAUUCUGUGGCGCUUGCGGCAAUCCCAUGAUACCUGGGUGGUCUUGCAGGGUUGCCCACCAGUCUGAGGCGAAGAGGGUGCGGAAGGAGAAGAAGCCAUCCAAAGACCUGACACAAUCGGCCAAGCAUGUCGUGUACACAUGCUUGAGGUGUGAACGGCAGACGGUACAGUCACUGCAAGCGAGACCGGCAAAACACGUCAGGAAAGCAGCUACUCAGAAAGCGUCUCAGCCACUGCCAGAGCCCAAGCAGCAGGCCAAAGAGGUCAACAAAGUGGCCAAAUCGGUCAAUGCAAGCAGCAAAGACCGGAAGAAGGCGCGAAAGGGCGGUCUUGCAGCGAUGCUCGAGAAGAGCAAGUCGCAGAGUUCGAGUCAAGGCGGAUUCGAUCUGAUGGACUUUGGAAUGUAA